AUGGCUUCCUUGGCCAUUUCUGCUUCAUUGCAAACAGUUUGCAGCUCACAUCAAGCCACUAAGAAACAACAGCCCAAAUCCAGACCAGCUGCUCGCUCUUUGGGGACAAAAGAGGCCACCCAUCAUGUUGUUGCGCUGGAUGUGAAAGCUCAAAAUGGUUUAAACAUAGAGAAGCAAGAGAAGUCUGCUUUACGCAUCGAUGGGCCUGAGGCAGAGGAUGCUGCAGACUACAAAUCACAACAUGGUUUGGGUACAGAAUUGCCUCUUGUGAAGUUCAACGACGAGCAGUGGAAGAAAGGGACAUAG